AUGAGGACCAGGAACACAUUAACAAUAUUUUCUUAUAUACGAGACAAACAUUUACGUACGGCCUAUAACUUAUAUCUUAUCAAUUUAGCAAUAGCAGAUUUAACAAUAGCAGCUGUAAGCAUGACGGUCUAUCUAACGUACACACUGAGGAAAAAUACCUGGGUGUAUGGUUACCAUGUGUGCAAAGUUUAUCUUGUCCUCGAUUUUCUUGCUUGUACUGUUACAGUUAUACUAAUGAAUGUUAUCAGCUAUGACAGAUUGAUGCUUCUAAAACAGGGUGCCGCCUACUAUGUUGAACAAAAUGUUAAGAAAGCCAUUUUCAAAAUGUUUGCGUCAUGGAUUAUUGGUUUCUUACUAUACGGACCUGCUAUAAUUGGUUGGGAUCACUGGACUGGAGAAGAUGUAGUUGAACCAGAUGAUUGUGACGUACAAUUUGUCAACAAUACUGCGUAUACAACUACGACAGCGGUGGUUGAAUUUUUCCUGCCGCUUACGUCCCUUGGCGUGUUGAAUAUAUUGGUAAUAAUAGAGAUCCGAAAAUUACGUCAUAACAAAGUUCAUACAAUGCAAAUAUCGACCGUUCAGAGCCAUGGUUCAGAGACUGUUCAAAAUGAAAGCUUUAAUAAGAAAGAAAAGGCUAAACAAAAGUCAACAAAAAAAGCAACAAAAGCGGCCAGGUCCCUUGCAAUACUUGUUCUCGCUUUUUUCCUUACAUGGGCACCUUAUACAAUACUGACUGUUGUGAUAUCAUUUUGUGAUGGUUGUGUUAUUAUCCCGGUUUAUGAAGCUUUUACAUGGUUUCUUUGGUUUAAAUCUGCAUUGAAUCCGUUUCUGUAUGCAUUUAGCAGCGCUCGAUUUCGAGAAAAUUUCUUAUAUUUCCUAUGUUGCGGCAAACGACAUUUCCGGCAAGUUAAAUGA